AUGGCCAUCCACAACUUGUUCCUCAUGGCAACUACUGCUGUCGCAGCCGCUGCUGGCGCUUUAGAGGCUCCUCCUUUGAAUAUUCAAGUCGGUACGACGUGGGAUUACCCUCUCGGUUUCGAUCUCACGACUAGCAAUGUCCAAGCAGCAAAGAAGUUCUACAGUGUCGACCUUUUCAAUACCGAAGCAUCUGACAUUUCUGCCCUCAUCGGCAAAGGGCACACAGUCGUCUGCUACUUUAGUGCCGGAAGCUAUGAAAACGACCGUUCAGACUCUAAGGAUAUUCCUUCAUCAGCAAUUGGCAAAAAGAUGGACGGGUGGCCAGAGAAGUGGCUAGACACUCGCAACGAGGGAGUUCGCGAUGUUAUGGCAGCGAGAAUCCAGAAAGCUAAGGAUAAAGGAUGUCAAGGUGUCGACCCUGACAACAUCGACGGCUUUGAUAACAAGACGGGUUUCAACAUUUCACAAGCUGACAGCGUUGACUUUCUCAAGUUCCUGGCUGGAAAGGCACAUGAUGCGGGUCUGGGCUUCGGUCUGAAAAAUGGCCCGACGAUUGUCGACCAAGUCGUUGACAUUUCCGAAUGGGCGAUAAACGAAUCUUGUGUGGAAUAUGAUGAGUGCGACAAUUUUCAGCCUUUUAUCGAUGCUGGCAAGCCUGUAUUCCAUGUAGAAUACACCGAUGGCGACAGCCCUACGGAUGCUUGGAAGGAGAAGGCAUGCGGUGUGGAGGGAUUUUCAAACAUCAUUAAACAUGAGGAUCUAGAAAAUUGGCAUCUGAACUGCUAA